ACGGACAUUAUCCAAUCUCAUUUUAUUAUUAGGAGAUCACGUGCACACACACACAAUUAUCCCUCGAGGUCAAAUCCCUCUCAAUUUCACAUGCAGAAGAAGACAAGACCCGAAGAAAACGUUUAACUCAGAGUCAGAGCAGUUUGUUUGAAUUCUUUCAAGUGGAAAUUAUCAACUGAAAGUAGCAUGGAGGGGGGUGUAGCUAAACCAGACAAGACAGAAUUCACAGAAUGCUGGCGCACAAGUUGCAGAACACCCUACAUUAUGCGGCUCGCGGUCUCAGCCGGCAUUGGAGGCCUAUUGUUUGGUUAUGACACAGGUGUGAUUUCCGGUGCCCUACUCUACAUCCGGGAUGACUUUAAAUCUGUCGAGAAGCAGACAUGGUUACAGGAAACAAUCGUGAGCAUGGCUGUAGCAGGAGCCAUUGUGGGUGCUGCUUUUGGUGGUUGGAUCAACGACAAGUAUGGUCGAAAAGUAUCCAUUCUUCUUGCCGAUAUUGUGUUUUUCAUCGGUGCGGUUGUGAUGGCUGCUUCUGUAGCUCCUUGGAUGAUAAUCCUUGGACGAAUAUCUGUCGGUCUUGGAGUUGGAAUGGCGUCCAUGACAUCACCGCUUUACAUCUCCGAAGUGUCUCCUGCCAGAAUCAGAGGAGCAUUGGUUAGCACCAACGGUUUGCUUAUCACGGGAGGACAGUUUUUGGCCUAUCUUAUUAACUUAGCAUUCACUAAGACACCUGGAACCUGGCGCUGGAUGCUUGGAGUAGCAGGAGUUCCAGCCGUUGUCCAGUUUUUGCUGAUGUUAUCACUUCCCGAGUCUCCCAGAUGGCUGUAUAGGCAGGACAAGGUAAAAGAAGCCAGGGAAAUUCUAGAGAAAAUUUACCCUGCCGAUGAGGUAGAAGAAGAAAUGAAGGCCCUGCAAUCCUCCAUUGAAGCCGAGAAGGCUGACGAAGGGUCUAUCGGCAGUGGUUUACUGUCAAGGCUGAAGAACAUUUGGGGAAAUCGUGUUGUCCGUAGAGGCCUCUACGCAGGGAUCACUGUUCAAGUUGCUCAGCAAUUUGUCGGCAUAAACACCGUCAUGUACUACAGUCCCACGAUCGUUCAACUCGCAGGAUUUGCCUCAAACAAGACAGCUUUGGCACUCUCCCUCAUCACUUCUGGUUUGAACGCCAUUGGAUCAGUCGUAAGCAUGGGGUUUGUCGACAGAUUUGGGAGGAGACGGCUGAUGAUCAUAUCCAUGUUUGGGAUCAUCAUCUGCCUUCUUGCAUUAUCUGGCCUGUUCUACGCAGCUUCCAAUCACGCACCAAACAUCAGCAGCUCUGAAUCCCUCCACUUUGGCAGGAACUUAACAUGCUCUAGUUUCUUGCAAGAAUCUCAGCCAUCAACCUGGAAUUGCAUGAACUGCCUGAAAGCAUCAUCCGACUGUGCGUUCUGUGCUAAUGGAGACAACAAAUAUCAACCUGGAGCAUGUCUGGCUUCAACGGAUGCGAUAAAAGGCAUGUGCCAAGGAGAACAUCGUAUGUGGUACACAAAAGGUUGCCCGAGCAAGUUCGGGUUGUUUGCAGUUCUGCUCCUAGGAUUGUACAUCAUAUCUUACUCGCCUGGAAUGGGAACUGCACCAUGGAUCGUUAACUCCGAGAUAUACCCAUUGAGGUACAGAGGUGUGGGAGGAGGAAUCGCAGCAGUUUUCAACUGGAUUUCAAAUCUGAUUGUGAGUGAGACAUUCUUGACUCUUACAGAAUCUCUCGGUGCAUCCGGCACGUUUGUCUUGUUCGCUGUGUUUUCCUUCAUGGGACUGGUGGCUAUAUAUUUCAUAGUACCAGAAACAAAGGGACUGCAGUUUGAGGAGGUGGAGAAGAUGCUGGAGAAGGGCUUCAAACCAAGAAUGUGUUGCAAUAGAAAUGAGAAGGAUGGUUCUAAGUAAGACAGUAUUGAUCUUCCUCAUUUAGAUAUUCAAUCAGGAGCACUGUUAGUAAUUUCAAACCAAGAAUUUGUCCGCAAGUCUCAGUUUUUCUUAGCAGUGGACGAUGUAAAAAUAUAAGUUGACUGUCAGUUAUAUUUAAUCUAGGAAUUUGAUUUGCUUAACGAAUAGCAAGAAUUUUAAUUGCACUUGUCUUUUCUUGGUUUGCACCAUCCAUGUAUUAGACAUAUGUAAUCUAUGUCGAAUGAGGCAGACCCGUUUCACUGAUGUCUUAUGUUUUAUGUUGUACUUGGUGAAUUUUAAGGAGGUUGUCAUAUAUUAAUUCUUUGCAUCUAAAUAUAACGAAGCCGUUUGUGGCACGCUCCUUCUUGCACAUAUAAUAAAUUUUUUUUCACUUUUUCAAAUACAUUCUAAAAAAAUAAAAUAUAGAAACAAACAAAUACAAGUAAUAAAUAUUAAAGGUAGACUGGGUCGGGUAUGAGCUUCGAUCCACAGCCCAUGAAUUGAGUCUUGACCUAUAGAUACAAUCAUUUUUGUGAGAGUAUCCUACCCGACAACGUUGCCCAUUGCAAGUGACAACUUUACACACACCGACACUAGAGACAGAGAAAACAUAUCUGCGGGUGCUAGCCAGCUAAUGCAAUAAUAUAUGUUAAGUAGACAAAUGCAAUCCGGACAUUCAUAUUUACCAAACUACGCAAUCUGUUCUGACUUGGCUUUGGGGAAAUCAACUUUACAACGAAGACUCAGUCCCUACCACCCCAAUUGCUUAUGUCUAAUUCUUACUUCAGUUGGUAGUUCAACCACAAGCAUCUCAUGAUCAAUGCCACAUUUUGACUUCAUCUAAACAUUUUUAUUCACUUAUUUAUGUAUAUAUGUAGUAGUAAUACGAUUUUGUGAUUGGAGUCUCUAAGGUUAAUUUAUUAAGGAUGCAUAGGAACUGCGGCGGGGGAUACGUCUGCGGCUGAGGCUGACCAACUCAGGUGAAAACUAUCAUGGUUGACUAAUACCAGCAAGUUUGCCAGCUAACAAGUAUUCACAUUGUAAUAAAACGUGCGUGGAAUAGUAAUAGCAAGGAAGUUCUUUGUUCAAACUUAAAAAAUUCAUGUCUGAAACCUUGAAUCUAACUAUGAAAACAGCCACGCCUUCAAUGUUACAAUCUGGAGGAGUAUAUAUUACAGACUCAAGAACACUCGAAUCAUACCAGACAACUACCAAAACCUUACAAAGAAUAUGGAUCUGGACGAUGACGACAAAACGAAAGAGAAGAAACUAGCUCCUCCUCAACAAAAACAAAGGGCAGCAGUCAGCAAAAGUGGGAAGAUUAAGGUCUCCUGAUAGAACAACUAAAAGGUCAGCUCCUAAUAUUUAACUUAUUUAUUAAUUUUAAUCUAGAAUUGCUCAAAUCACUCAACCACUCUGUACAAGUCAAUCUAAAACAAAUUUCUAUGUACAGCCAACAGCAAACCAUUACACAAGCGAAAUAAAACAGACCAACCAAUGUACUGUGCUGUCAUGGACUUGAAGAAGAGGAAGAAGAAGAAGAAGCUUCCAAUCUUGAUUCUCUCAAGUACCCAAGAAGCUUCGCAGCCUGCCAAAUGUAAACACAUUCCAUUGGAUUAGAAGAACAUAGUGUGAAGAUCGUUGCAGCUGCAAAAUCACGAAAACAUGACUGCGUAGAGAAGUAUAGUAGACCAUCCCCACAGUGAGUGAAAGCAAUAUUGCAGGACUUACUAUGCCUCUAAAUCAUGCAAGAGUAAUAUAUCGUCAAGGAGCACUAGGACAGCAAUAUAGCAAAAAUGAUUUAUAUGUACCAAAACAGACUAGACGAGUUAUUGCCUUUUGUGCCGACCAUCAAUCAAGAUCACACGAAGUAUAAUGUUGGAAGACAAUGUAAGGGCAUUAUUGGAUUAAUGAACUAGUGGUGCUCACUCGUACAAAUGCAAAAUAUCAUCAUCAUUAUUCAAAAACCACCAUGCAACUUGUGGGAUAGAUCGUGUCCCUCUUUAACAUUCAAUCAAAAUCAUUAAGAUGCUUCAGCAUUCCAUUUUGCAUACCCUACGGAGAUAUUGAACAUUUACGGAGUUGGUGAGUGUUGAGUAAAAUCGCAACUUUAUUAAGCAGUAUGACCAAAGAAUAAGAACCACUUCUUCCAACACAUACUGCUUUCAGCAAAACUAAAUUCAAGAACCUUAAUCAAACAAACCUAGUAAAUAUCUGAUCUCAUCUUUCUAUCAAGAAGCCAAGGACACAAACUGCACCAACUUGCAGU